AUGAGUGAUAUCACUACGAAAUCGACGAAGCAAUCGGAAACGGUGAUCUGCGCCGAGUUCAAGGCCCUCGGACCGGCUCCCAACAUGACCGGCGACGAGAUUAUUGUGAUGCGAAGUGCCGAAAUGAUCUCUGAGGUCUUCUCCGACUGGAUGAAACGGUCGGAUCUCAACGAAAAUACGUACAUUCCGUUCGAUGUGGCAAGUGUUCGAUUGUUUCGGAAUUUCGGGACGAGUUGUAUUUCAGAACGCCCCGAUUGAGCUGCCUCGUCGCAAUUCCAUGCUCAAGUCGUACACUCAGGAUCCUCCGAUCACCGAAACCGGUAAAAUCGCUUCGAAGAUGAUGGCGAGAGAGCUGUGCGACCGUCGCAUCAUCCCGUCCGUCAUUCUCUGCUCACCGGACUUUGCCUCCCUCGAAACCGCCCAUCUGAUCAAGACGUACAUCGGAGAGAAGUGCGGCAAGAUUCGCAUCGAACCGGAGUUGUCCACGUUGCACAAGGCGAGCCACGUGUUCUUCGGAGCCGAAAACCUCGAGAUUCUGGGCUAUGAUCUAGAUAAGAAAAUGCCGUUGGCAGCAGUUGUAAGUUAAAUUAGAGAAGAGAGAGAGAGAGCAUGAGAGUGAAAAGAAGAGUUUAGUCGGACGGAGUGACCCUUUCCGACCUGGCCGUCCGCAUCAAGAGAGCCUUUUACGAGCUCACGGCGAAAGUGGAAAACGGUGAGCGCCCUCUUGCAGUAUGCUCAGAAUACUUCAAUCUUUGAGCUUUGCUGAUUGUGGACCCUCUCUCGAUGAUGAUCAUUUCCUCGCUGUUCUUCCCCAUUCAAAUCCGCACCGAGACUUCCGUGGAGCUCGAACGUCUUCGUAGUUAUUCCAUGUUCCCAUCGCUUUCCAAUUUCACUUCCUUCCGCGUCGGAGGCUCCACUGGAGUGGUAAAUUGAAGAAUUGAAGAUUCCUCGGGUGAUUCGUCUUUUCAGAAGAUGUACGAUCUGUCAAAUAUGAGCCUCCGCCCACUCACUUUCACCGGCUUCUCUAACGAAAUCGAAUUGGAGUGA